UGUUUGUCUUCAAAUGGAAAUGGAAUCUGAUCAAACUAACAAUACUAAUAAUACCGCCACAACAUUAACCGCUAAUCCCAGUGUUAAUCCUCCAAAUAUACAACAAAUUGCAUCAUCCGCCAAUUUGGUAAAUAAUCAAUGUGUUGCCACAGCCCCAGCUACAGCUAAUGUAGUUACCAUUCCCGUACCCAUUGUACAUAACGAAGGCACUUAUGCUUAUAUAACCGUUAAAGGUUCAUUACAUGAUCGUUCUUGUUCUGUUUUUGGCUUGAAUGAUACUGAAAUACAGGCGCUAUCGAAACGUUUUGAGAACAGUGUUAAGCCCGUGGUGAAUGGUGUAAUGGUAUCAACUCCUCCACUUGUAAUGCUAAAUACCUUGGCACAAUUGAGUUAUAAAGUUGUAUGCAGUUGUGGCGAAGCUGAAAUUUGUUGGACUAUGCAACGUGAAAUCUAAACUUUAACCAUAAAAACAGAAUAAAAUCAAUAAUAAAAAAAGGAAAAA